AUGUCAGUCGGUCUCGAGUCUGAUUCCAACAAAGGCUUCAAUGCCUUCGUUACUGGGGCUGCCACGGCUGUUGGGAGUGAAAUUAUCCGGGAAUUCUUGGACAACGGAUGUCGAGUCACGGCGUUUGACGACCGGCCGCUACAACUUUCGGGCAUUGACGCAGAGCGAUUCUCCCGCCUACACAUCGUGGAUGGUAACGCUUGUGAUGAAGAGGCCAUAAAAGCUGGUCUUGCCGCUGCUGAAGAUCGGUUUGGUCCUGUGAAGUCACUGAUCGUUGUUCCAGCCUGUGAAGGAAAAGCGCAGAUAUACCCCAUUUGGGAUUUACCUUCAGAUGAAUGGGAGAAGAGCUACCGAUCAAACGCUCGUGGUGCCUUCCUUGCGAUCAAGCAUUACCUGCGAUACCUACAAUCGAACCGGCUGGAGAAAUAUUCCCCGUUGUCCCUAUCUGAUCCUGCCAUUGUUGUUGUCGAAACAGAACCUGGAGUCGGAGUGACAGCCGGACAAGCUGGAAUACACCGUGGUCUUCUGGCGAAAGUGCAACAAGAUUUAUUGCGUCUAAAUGGACAAGGGCGCAUCAAUGUUGUGACAUCGGGAUCUAUGGGCGAGACUCCAGCAGAUUUCGCACGCACUGUACUCCUUCUGGCCUCGAGCCACACGUCGGGGCAUGUUUCGGGGCAAUACGUCCAGCCUGCUAGCAAUAGCAAGAGUCUUGUGCCGAUUCAGGAGCCAGAAACAACUCAAAUCACGCGGUCGGCAGGGUCCGUUCCUCGACCACUGGCAAGUCCGAAACGCAACAAGAUCCGCGUCGCUGUGUCCAUCGAUCUAGAUGCUGUAUCUGGUUGGCUUGGAACAAACUCUCAUCCCGACAACAACUUGGCCGACUACUCCUCCGGUUUCUUUGCAGCACGCGUCGGUGUGCCGCGACUGCUUCGCAUGUUGAAGAAACUCGACAUCGCCAAUCGAUGCACUUGGUUUAUUCCAGGCCACUCGGCUGAGAGUUUCCCAGCCGAGGUCCAGCAGGUCGUCGCUUCCGGGGCCGAGGUCGGUCUUCACGGCUAUGCACAUGAAGGUGCUUACCAGCUCACUCCACAGCAAGAACGCGACGUGUUGGAGAAAUGCUUUUCGAUCAUGGAGAAGCUAGUAGGAAAACCCCCACGCGGGUACCGUGCGCCAUUAUAUCAGCUCCGGGAAACGACGCUGGAUUUGCUCGAGGAGUUUGGAUUCGAGUACGAUGCUUCUCUCACUGACCAUGACUGCCAGCCCUUCUGGGCUCCAAAGCGCCCACCCCUUGAGGCGAUUGACUUCUCCAAGCCCGCGGCUUCCUGGAUGCAUCCAAUCAAGGAGACAUGUUCACCCCCUGAUAGAAGGCCUCUUGUCUGCGUUCCCUGUAACUACUAUAUGGAGGAUAUGACACCGAUGCAAUUCCUACCACAUUGUGAAAACUCUCAAGGUUACGUCGAUGUCCGAGUGAUCGAGAACAUGUGGCGCGAUCGAUUCCUCUGGAUCCGAGACAACGAAGAAGAGCCUGUCUUCCCUGUACUCAUGCAUCCUGACACGAGCGGAAUGGCGCAUAUCAUUGGCAUGCUGGAGAGGUUUUUGCGAUGGGUGAAAGAAUUCGAACGGGAGGGGGAGGUAGAAUUCUCGCAGACAGCAGAGAUUGCGCGAUGGUUUCGGGAAAAGCAGUUAGACAAGCCGUCAGGAGUAUAG